AUGCAGUGGCAGGGUAAUUCAUUGACACUUGUCCACUUCAUGAGACCAACUCUGAGAAAGCUGGUGGCACUGUGCAGAGAAGACUGUGGCAGCGUAAAUGUUAAGCAGAUAGAGAGUAGAUCUUGCUCCUCCUCUGAUGGCGCCGGAGCGAGGCUGAGUUUCCCUGGUGGUGGCUCCACGUGUGUUGGCGAAGAUUGGUCGGCUUCACUAGAGAGUGCGCUGUGCUACGGGUGGGACAGUGUCGAUGCACAAAAAAUGGAGUACCGAAGCUGGGCGAGACUGCCAUCGAUCGCGAAUUGCCGGUGGAGAAGAGUAUGUUCACAGAAUAAUAGUAAUCAGUUGCAGACAUGGAGAAUAAAAGUAAAUGUAUACAAUGAGCUUCACCGAGUUAGAUCAAUACACAUACACAUUACAAUGUGCAAGGAGAUUGACGAGAUGGGAAUUAGCAGCUUCAUGGCGACUAACAGUAGAGAUGGAUACCAUAAAGGGGAUGCGAGAUGUGAUCCAGGUAACCAAACAGAUGACUCCGCUGAAUUUGAUGUAAUGAAUGAGGAUUCAGAUGAGGAAGCAUCUGGUUACGGAGAUAAAGGGGAUUACGGCAAGGAUGAAAAUGGAAAUUUGAUCCGUAGAAGAUUCUUCUGCAACUGGGCCGGGUUGAGAGAUGAGAAGCACUAUGCAAGAUUAGAUAGGAAGAGAAUGCAUAAACCGGAAACCCGCACAAAUUGCGAGGCAAAGUUAUCAAUAUAUUUGGAUCGAGGUACUAGUAAUUGGAAGGUUAGGAAGGUGAUCCUUGACCACAACCAUGACCUGACCCCGAUAGGUAUGGUUCACUUGAUGCUUCAGUUUUGUGGAUUGUCAGAUGCUACAAAGGCACACAUGGAAAGCAUGCAUAGCUAUGGACUUCCUACCUCGAAGAUAGUCGGAUACAUGUCUGGAAUUGCAGGAGGUUACUCGCUGCUGGGGUUUACAAAGAAGGAUGCGUAUAACCACUUAGAUAAAAAGAAGCGGGGGAACGUCGCCGAUGGUGACACGAACGCCACUGUCGUGUAUCUACAAGGAAAAGCAGCUGCAGAUCCAAUGUCGAUGGUGAGGUAUAACGUCACUAACGAAGGUAUGUUGGCUAACUUGUUCUGGGAGGAUGGUGCUAGUAGAGCGGAGUUUCAACACUUUGGAGAUGUUGUGGCCUUUGAUUCCACGUAUAGGAAGAACAAGUACAGGAGACUGUUGGUGAUAUUCUCAGGAACUAAUAAUCACAGGCAGACCACAAUUUUUGGAUUUGGGCUCCUGUUGGACGAAACCACAGCCUCAUACAUGUGGGUGCUUGAAAACUUGCUGGAGGUUAUGUGUAAUAGGAUGCCGUCAGUGGUCGUCACAAAUGGAGAUGAUGCAUUUAUUGCAGCGGUCCGAUAG